GGCCAGCGCGCCCCCCGCCGCCUCGAGAAUUCGGGGUGACCAAUGGACCCUGUCCCCGGGCCGGAAGAACCCGGACGCGAGACGUCGCGGUCUUUGUGAGCUCCGCGCCCUGGACUCGGGAGGCGCGCGGGUUCCCAGCGCCUCAGACACACUUAGCGGGAUGCCCUGGGGCCAGUCGCUUCACCUCUCGGAACCUUGAUUUCCAGUUCUGCAAGGCGGGGAUAACGAGCGUCCCCACCCCUGGGGCCCCCCCGCGAUGGUUAAGUGAGCCGAUCCCUUGAAAGCACUUUGCACGGGCUCAGUCGCUACCUGGAGCUUUUGUUAAUGAUAAAAGGCAUUGGCCAGUAUCGCCCCUGUCCCCCCUGCCCACACUGUCCCCGCGCCACCCCUUCCCCCCAGCCACCCCUGUCUCCCCUGACCACCCCUGUCCCCCCGAUCACCCUGUCCUCCUUGACCACCACUGUCCCCCCUGACUGGCCCUGUCCCCUCACCACCCCUGACCGUCCUCACAGCAAGCCGGACGAAUGGGUUCAUGAACCACCGGGUUCCCGCCCACAAGAGGUACCAGCCCACGGAGUAUGAGCAUGCUGCCAACUGUGCCACCCACGCUCUCUGGAUCAUCCCCAGCAUUCUUGGCAGCUCCAACCUCUACUUCCUGUCGGACGACGACUGGGAGGCCAUCUCCGCCUGGAUCUACGGCCUCGGGCUCUGCGGGCUCUUCGUGGUGUCCACCGUGUUCCACACCAUCUCCUGGAAGAAGAGCCACCUCAGGACGGUAGAGCAUUGUCUGCACAUGUCGGACCGCAUGGUCAUCUAUUUCUUCAUAGCGGCCUCCUACACGCCCUGGCUGAACCUCCGCGAGCUGGGCCCCUGGGCCUCCCAUAUGCGAUGGCUGGUCUGGAUCAUGGCCUCGGUCGGCACAAUCUAUGUCUUCUUCUUUCAUGAGCGGUACAAGCUCGUGGAGCUGCUCUGCUAUGUCAUCAUGGGCUUCUUCCCCGCCCUGGUCGUCCUUUCCAUGCCCAACACCGAGGGCAUCUGGGAGCUGGUGACCGGAGGGGUCUUCUACUGCUUGGGCAUGGUGUUCUUCAAGAGUGACGGGAGGAUCCCCUUUGCCCAUGCCAUCUGGCAUCUCUUUGUGGCAUUCGGUGCUGGCACCCACUACUAUGCCAUCUGGAGGUACUUGUAUCUGCCCAGCACCCUGCAGGCCAAGGUGUCCAAGUGAGGCGGCCCAGCCUGCGUGGGGACAUGUAGGCCUUUGGAGCAGAGCAUCAUGGGGAGUGUUCCUGCAACCCUGAGCCCAGAGCACAGCGCCCAGGCCCGUCUGCCCUCCCACGGGUCGAGCUUUCAGUGGGUCUAAGAGCACUUCUGGUAAUAAGCCAGACCAUCCCUUGGGCUCUAGGUGAGAGAGAAGGCAUUUAGUCACUCUCUCAGAGGAGAAAUGGACCCUGCAGUGCGUUCCUAUUCUAGACAGACAUUUCCUAAAGCAACCAACAUUCACAUCGUCAGAAAAAGGGGCAGACGAGAUCCUGGCCAGUUGAGGAAUGACGGGCCCACACGUGCUUCUCAAGGCCCUGAGAAGUCUAUCGGGGAGUCUGGUGUUACUGAUACCCCGGGUGGCCUGGGCCUCCUCUGCUACCAAAGUCCUGGCUGGGGAAUUAUCCCCUGCUCACGGGGGGACGUCCCCCAGCUUGUAGAUCAGGAAUGGUGAGAAUCUGUGACCGUGGCAGGCAUCCCCAAUCAGCUGCCUCACGGUGCGGUUUCAGAAUUCUUUCCACGACUUCUCUGGGCAGCCACUGCCAAUUGAGUUGGUACUUAUGAGGGCCCCCCUCUUUGCCUUGCCAACCCUGUGCGCUCUGCAGUGGGGUUGUGGCCAGAGCACUUCAGCGUCUCCAUGUUGGGGACCAGGCUUGGUUCCCUGGCAAGGGCAGUUGGGGGCUACUGGGGGGAGACUGAGGUGCACCCAGAGCAGCCCACCAUCCUACUGCGCUGCAGUGCGUUCUCAGCACAGAGGGCGAGUGGCGGGGGACGCGCCUCCUGUCCCUUGGCCGUUUCUUCUCUUGCUGACAAACCCAGAGACAUUACGAGAGCCAUUCAUUGUGGUGGGGUGGUGGGGGGCAAGCAGACCCCAGGAACUCGGUUUGCUCGCUCCAGAUUUAGGGUUUGUGAUUCAGAUUCUCAAUGAGUGCCGGUCAGCCGCCCUUGGAGGCUCCUUGGAUGAGUCCUGGAGGGAAGGCCUCUGGUCGUUUGAUGAGGAUCUGGGCAGGGUGUCCGGGACACCCCCAACCUCCGAAGCCUACAGCAGUCCCAAGACCAGGAGGCUUCCAGGGGCGGAAGCCUGACUAACCAACCCUCAGCCAAUGUCCUCAGCCCUCUCGCAGGGCUGGGCCAGCGCUCGGGACAGGCUGCCUGCGGGGUCUGACCUGGCGUUUCAGACUGCAUCAGGAUCUGCGUCUCGUUAGACAGACUUCACUCUGAGACUCCCAGCCAGGGUCAAGUGGGCAGCGACAGGGUGCCUUACGCCGAGUUCUCGCACAUUCCAGGGUGUUUCAGGGCUCUGGCAUCUGGAACCGCACAUUCGAGACGAUAUUAAGUCCUCUGACACAUCUUCAGGCGGGCGGGUUUCUGAGCUUGGGAAUUUUUGUCCUCUUGCCUGGGUGUGUGUGUGUGUGUUUGUGCAAACCUGCCCUGUGAGCUCUCCAAGGAUUUCCUAUCAGUUGGGGGUCACGGUUGGAGAUGAGGGGAGGAGAAACUUUGAGGGGGAGGGCAGGUUCGCCCUGGUUGAGGGCAGGGACCCUGUGACCCAACCUCUGCUGGGGUCUGAGGUGGGGGAGGGACCACGUGGGUCCUGGGAUGCUGUUUAGGAAAACUCCCGAAGCAUGGCUCCAUGGCAGGCCGAGACGACAGUCCCGUCAUUGAGCGGCUGAUGGGGACUGAAGCCCGGUGGCCGGGCCAGUGCUGAGUGCUCAAGACGCUGACCCGGGACUCCCUGUACUGUCCCCGAGCCCCUGCAGAGCUCUUGUGAUGCCUGCAUUUCCUCAUGCUUCUCCUGGGUAUUGGGUAUGACAUUUCUCCCUAGACAGCCUGCUCCUUUAUCUCCACACCUUUUGAGGUGCCUGUUCCUCUGAUGGGGACUCUGUUUACCCACUCACCCACCCAACUCCUACACAUCCUUCAAAGCCCCACUCGGGCAUUAGCACAGAAGAACUUCUGAUCCUCCUCUGAUUUAGGGGCUCCCCCCACUCUGCUUCCCAACACCCCUCAUGCUCACCUGCCCACCCGUGUUCCUUCAUCCCCUGGUACUUGUGCCUGCUGCCCAACACACAUGCUCCUGGAGGGAGGGGCUGUGUCUUGCCAGACUCAGGACCAAUUCCAGCAUCCUCCCACCUCUUUGGGAAGGCUUGGGCUAACUCCUCAACCUCUCUGUGCCUCAGUGUCCUCUGCUGUACGAUGAGUGUGGUAAGGUGACACCUCGCAGGGUUGUUUGAAGAUUCAGCAGGAGGCUGAAUGUCAAACACUUCGGCCUGGUAUCCUCAUUAGCUCCCUGAGUUGGAAAGCAAUCCCCAGUGAUGAUAAUGAGAGGUGUGGCAAAGCCUGUGCCGCCCAAAGGAAUGACCCACCAAUGGCGGAAUGUCUGACUACGGACGGGCUGGUGAGCACAAUGGAGGCUGUUUGUGCAGCCUUGACCACGCUGCCCCACCCCCAACUCCCGUUCAGGACUGGCUUCCCGUGAACUUUCUUCCCCAGCAUCAAUCUGAGAGUGAAUUUCCCAGGAUGCCAUUUAACCCAAGACCCUGGCAUUCCUUCACAUAUACCACAAACAUUGAAGGCAAGGAAAAGACAUUCCUUAGUCCCUCGUGAGGUAAGACUCUGUCCCGGUAGCAUCCUAGGCUGUGCCCGGGGGUGAAGGGUGGGGUGGUCAGGACACUGGAAAUUCAGAUGCCCGCCAGCUCCCUCAUCCUGUCCUCCUUUGAGGCCAUCCUAUGCCAGGAUGACCCAGCAAGACAGCUAUUGUGUCCCAAGGAGCCGGGAGAGGGAGCAGUUGGCAGCAGAGUGGCCUGUUGGGCAUUCCGGGCACUUCAGUGAGCACUCCUGAGUUAGGUGGGCACUGCCAGAGCAGGGCGCGAGGUGGAGCUGGUGCGAAGGUUAGGGAGGAAGGCAGGAGCCGGGUGGGGGUGCUGGGGCUCACAUUUCAACAGCGUGCCCCCCAUGGCAUCACACGCCGGUGGACCAGCCUGCUGUUGACCACCUGCUCAGUUAGUCCACUGGCGAUCGUCACGACAAACCCGAGCAGGUGUGCUUGCUGGUGGAGGCCUGGCCGCCGGUUGGCGGGGUUUCCCUGAAGACCCAGAGCAGAGCUCACCCAGGGCUGUCCCCUCAGCCCAGGGGAGGGUUUCAGUCAUUGUCACAGACCAGAGCUACCUUUCUGUCUUGAUUUCCAGUUACAUUGCAUGUACAGCGGGAGCAGGGCUGAGUAUCCGCCUUUCCAUAAGCCUCUGGGUCAGGCUGGGGAAGAAUCCUAGGAAAGCACCGGGAGUGGAGGGGGGCCGACAGAGAUGGGACUUGUCAGUGGGCCUGGAUCUGAAGCCCUAAAGCCACCUUGGCUGUGGGUGGAUGCCCCGCACAGAGGAGUCAUUUAGAAGGUUGCAGUCCCGGGACUUCUGGGGGGGUUUCAACUCUUCCCAGCUCUGCUUUCUGUAUUUGCGAAAGCUGAAGCACUCUGAAGGUUUUCCUGUAACCCUGCUCGAGCCCCUGCAGCCGGACCCAGGCCUCCGUCAGGAACAAGGCAGGGUGGCGCUCAGGCUGCCCACAGUCCCCGCACGUGCUGAGACAGGCAGGUGGAGCUCAGAGGCUGAGCUGAGCCUGGUGACCUGGUCAGAAAAGGACCUGUCAGACGUGCCACCGCAAACUGUGUGAUCAGAUGCUGAGAUGCAGGCUCUGGGGACGGCUCUGUGGGGUGCGGAAGGAGCCCGGGGAAGCCCCAGCAGCCACUCCCACACGGGCGGAACGGCUCAGGAGCACCCACAGGUUACAGGUGUGGGUACAAGUGAGGGAAAGAGGCAGAUACUGUCAUAGUAUCAUUAUGAAAGGCUUUCUUGAUGGCUCGGUGGUAAAAAACUCGCCUGCCAACGCUCAGACAAAUGUGCGGAAGGAACGGGGGAUGGUGAGCGUGGUCUGGUGUGGUCUCCUCUUCCUCCCUGAGCUGGAAGACUGGGCAAGGAGUUCUGUGUGAGUCUUGGCCCCUUUGUGUCUGGGGCCGGAUGGGGCAGGCUCAUGACCAGGGUCUGCGGGGACACUGCCCUGCCUUUCCUCUCGUGUCUCUGCUCAUCAGAAGACACCUCGGGGCUGUUGUUUUCCAACUCAGGUUUGUGACGAGCUUUGCCUCUGCCCCAAGUCGGCCUGGGGCCCUGGUACCCCAGGAUGAGGGAGACAGGACCCCACGGGAAACAAGGUCUGCACGUGUCGGGAUGGCAUCUGGAGGGGCCCUGAGAUGCCUGUGGGUGGAGGCACGGUGUGUCCUCGUGACUGGGAGGGGGUGACUUGCUUUCUUUUUUUUUGGCUGCACCAGAGCUUGUGGGAUCUUAGUUCCACAAUCAGGGAUUAAGCCUGGGCCCACGGCAGUGGAAGCUUGGGAGUCCUAACCACCGGACCGCCAGGGAAUUCCCUUGGGGGGUUGUUUUCUUAUGUUUUCAUUAUAAUAAUAAAUGCUUACUAUAACAUGUUCAGAAAAUGCUAGAAAGGUAGAAAAUAUUCGCCAGCAUCUACUUCAGAUAACCCCGGUGGCUCAGACCGUAAAGAACCUGCCUGCAAUGCAGGAGACUGUGGUUCAAUCCCUGGGUCAGAAAGAUCCCCUGGAGAAGGGAAUGGCAACUCACUCCAAUAUUCUUGCCUGGAGAA